AUGCCGAGACAACGUUCAUACACUUCGGCAGACGGAAAAUCAAGAACCUUAAACAGCAGCUUUUUCAAUAAGCAGUACAAGUCAUUAAAGACAUAUAUCAGAAGUACAGGUUCACAUCCUGUUUUGAAUACAGAAUCAGGUUCAACAACGAUUCCUGUUGUCUCUGGAUCGCCGGGUGCACAAACUCUUAAGAAGGGCGUUUAUCUUCAGGAUGACAACGGGAAAAUAAUCAGUCUGACGAAGUCAAGGAAACACAAUCAUACAGAUGGUAGCAAGGUGAUUUUGGACUCAAAAAGUCGUCUGAUACUGGAUUUGUCCUCUUUGGGCCUUGUUAAUUUGUCUUCUGACAUUGGUAUUCUUAGCGAUUUAAUAGAACUUUUUCUUUACGACAACAAAUUGACAUGCCUUCCUCCUGAGAUCGGGCUUUUACAAAACCUUCAACGACUGUGGCUCCAAGAAAAUUCUCUUAUGGUUCUACCUGAUGAACUUUCAUGUUGUUCUAAACUAACUCAUCUCGAUGUUAGACAUAACAGAUUAGAGGGCUGCAUUCCCUCGGUACUGACAAGAUUAACGUCUAUGAAACAGCUUUAUCUUACUUACAACAAGCUAACAGAUAUUUCGUCCGUUGGCAAUUUAUGUUAUUUACAAACGUUAGUAGUGAAAAGCAAUCAACUACAAGGACCGAUACCAGAUUGUAUUGGAAAUUUAACACAGUUGAGAACUUUGGAUUUGUCAAAGAAUCGUUUGACCAAAAUUACUGAAAAUAUAGGUAACUGUAAAUUACUGUCCCGCUUUCUUGUGGAUUAUAAUCAAAUUGAUGAAUUACCAAAGUCUAUUAGUCAGUUAACGGAACUUACUGUUUUAGGACUAAAGUACAACUAUCUUACUCAACUUCCAGACGAAAUCUGCAAUUGUCGAAAGUUGACUGAAUUCAAUAUUGAAGGCAAUCAUGUUAAACAGUUACCGGAAAAUUUACUCUGUAAUUUCAAAGAUUCAACAUCAGUGAUACUAUCUCGUAAUGAUUUCACAUCCUUUCCAUCUGGAGAUAAUGUACAAUACAGAAAUGUAAAGCAUUUCAGUAUGGACUAUAACCAUUUGGAAUCUUUUGAAGCAAGUCUAUUUUCAGAGAACACUCAAUUAACUACACUGAAGCUAUGCAAUAAUAAUAUUAUGACCUUAGAUUUUAAAGGUAUAGAAAAUUUGAAGCAUAUUGUUGAGUUGGAUUUGUCCUACAAUCAAAUUGAUCAACUGCCUGACUCUAUUGGAGAAUUAGUAUUUCUAGAGGUACUCGAUUUGACCAGUAACCGUCUAGAGGCAUUACCGAAUAGAAUCAGUGAACUGGUGAAUUUAGUUCAUCUUGAAUUGGAGUGUAAUCAGAUUGCAUCACUUCCAUUAACAAUUGGCCAGCUGAAUCAAUUACAAGUACUCAAUUUAGAUGUAAACAGCUUAUCUAGACUUCCAACAACUAUAGGUAAUCUCAGCAAUCUGAAAAAAUUAAAACUCAGAGAGAAUCUUAUACAACGUCUGCCAUCAGAAAUCGGUAAACUGAAAAAUCUGACGCAUCUCUACCUGGCAAAUAAUAAACCGUUAGAUUUACUUCCUAUUGAAUUAGGAAUACUACCUAACCUUAGAUAUCUCAGUAUUGAUGGUUGUAACCUAAGGCAGAUGCCUCAAGAAAUAACGAAAAAUGGAUCAGCCUUUGUUAUAAAGUAUCUACGCGAUCUUCUAUGUGUUCAUUCUAGAAUCUGUCAAAACUCUAGUGCAUAA